GUAGCAUAGACAAAUUCACUCUAGUUGUUUAUUUUAUCCCCAUUCAUCCUACAGGAAGUACCGUAACACAACUACAAAGUGUAUUAGCGGACAGGACGCGUAAACGAAGCAAAUGGCUGAUGCAUCAUUUGACCUCCUGGGUGAGGUUGCUGGCAUACCUGUUGCUCAAAGUACAAAUAUCACAAACAACGCCAUAGAUACUGUCAACGGGGCCCCUAAGGAAGAAGAUGCAUUUUCAGCUGCUGUCUCUGUCUGGAGGGGCAUCCAGCUUCCUGUUAUCCAAUACGAUAUGGAUAAACAGUCAAUAGAACUUCUAGAACAACAACAACAAACUUCAGCUGGACGUAAACGACUUGCCGAACUGACUCGAGAAUUCAAAAAGGUUCCUGAUCAAGAGAAGAUGCAACAAUUCAAACAGCUUCUUAAAGCAUAUCAAGCCGAAAUUGAUGCCAUCACCAAGCGAGAGAAGGCAACUGCACAGGCAUUUCUGAGUGUCUACAAUGUAUUAGGCCAGGCACCUGAUCCGGCAAAACUACUACAAGUCGCUGCAGAUCAAACUUCACAACUGGACGAAAUCAGCACAUUGGAGGCAGAGAAUUUAAGGUUGCGGGAAGAAAAUGCCAGUCUGAAUAAACAGGUUACCAAUUUACGAUCCAUGUCCAACAACGCGACCAAGUUGCAGCAACGACUUGUACGGCUAGAGACCAAACAAGAGGAGACCAUCCAGGAACGUGUCCGGGAGAAAGAGCAAGCGUUUAGAGAAGAAUGGGAGGAAAAGAUCAGGACCGCAAAAGAGACGUAAUAAGGGAUUCUUUAUAUAUAUACAUAUAUGUCCCGUGAUGUAGCCUAUAUCAUUAUUUGGUUUACUGAGACCUUUAUAUACUGACUG